AUGGCCUGCACGCGUAGGACCCGCAGAAAUCACAUUGCAGCACCGCCAUGUAGCAAGACCCUCGGUGCCACUCUGAGCUGGACAGAUUGUCUAGGUCUUUAUGACAAAUGUACACCACGGAUUCUGCAGCUCUCGAAAGUGCAAACCGCGGGCUCAACAUGUCGACGAGGCCGGGUGUGGCAAGGCUGCGACAGCCUCGGGAGUUCUUGGCCGGUCGACAAUGAUGAGGUCAUGACCAAUCGAUCUUCACGCAGUAAUCCGUACCCCGAAACAUUCGCUUCAGCAUACUUCCACAACAUGCCUUCCGACGAUCAUCCCAUAGGCCUCCGCUGGCGAGCAAGCACUCUUUUCAUCAUCUCCACAGUGGCCAUCGGUCUUUUCACCGACCUUUUUCUCUAUGGACUUGUCGUCCCUGUACUCCCCUUCAUGCUCGAAGAGCGUAUACAUCUCCCUGAGGACAAAAUUCAAUCCUGGGUGUCUGGGCUUCUGGCCGCCUAUGCUGGCGCUAGUGUCGUCUUCUCCAUCCCCGUGGGCAUUGUCGCCGACCGCACCAAUGCUCGACGGACACCCUUUCUUUGUGGACUUGCCGCGUUACUCGCCGCUACCAUCAUGCUAGCUCUGGGUCAGAAUAUCCCUGCGCUUAUUGUAGCCAGGCUUCUGCAAGGGACCAGUGCCGCUGUUGUCUGGACCGUGGGUUUGGCCAUGGUACUAGAUACCGUGGGCCCUCAGAACCUUGGCAAAGUAAUUGGAACGAUUUUCUCCUUCAUAUCGGUCGGCGAGCUGGCGGCUCCUGUUCUCGGAGGAGUCCUAUACCGCAAGACCGGCUAUGGGGGAGUGUUUGGGUUAGGUGCAGCAUUCUUAGGCGUCGACUUCAUCAUGCGGAUCCUGGUGAUUGAGAAGAAAGUCGCAGUGAAAUACGACAAAUCCCUUGCAGAAAUUCAAAACCCCCGUGACGCCGAAGCGCGAGCGGAAGGAAUGGAUAGCGGAGACGAUCGCAGCGAAGAGGAACCUCUGUUGCCAAAGAAGGGGGAAGAUAACUACCGCAUCCCAGAAGGUCAAAACAGACUGAUCCGAACUCUGCCCAUCCUCUACUGCCUAUCCGACCCCCGGCUUCUCGUUGCUCUGCUCCUUGCAUUCGUCCAAGCGGCCCUCCUCGCCACCUUCGACGCCACGAUUCCCACCGAGGCCCAAACACUGUUCGAAUUCGAUUCCUUACAAGCCGGUCUCCUCUUCAUCGGCCUUGACAUUCCAUACCUCCUACUCGGUCCCAUAGCCGGCUGGGCUGUCGACAAAUAUGGCACCAAACCAGCUGCGGUCCUCGGUUUCGGCUACCUCGUCCCGACCCUGGUACUGCUCCGCCUGCCCUCAUCACAAAUCGCACCUUCCCGUACCGCCAACGUCGUCUUAUACUCGGCGCUUCUCGCCCUCAAUGGAAUCGGCCUCGCGAUCAUCGGGUCCCCGUCCAUUGUCGAGGCCUCGGACGUCGUGCAAAAGUACGACAAGGCCAACCCGGGCCUCUUUGGCGAGAACGGGCCCUACGCUCAACUUUACGGCUUCAACUCCCUGGUGUUCUCCGCCGGGUUGACCAUCGGACCCAUCUUGAGCGGGACCUUGAGAGACAGGAUAGGGUAUGCGAACAUGAACGUGGUGGUUGCAUGCAUUGCGGGCAUCACGGCCGUCUUGAGCUUCCUGUAUGUUGGCGGCCGGCCGAGGAUGUUGAAGAAGAACAAGAGACAGCUGGGUGAGAGAUAG